AUGGACGUCGAAGUUGACAUGUCAAGAGAAUAUACUUCAGCCGAAGAAGUUAAAACUGAGGCUAACAAUCAUUAUAGUUCCGGUAAUUAUGAAGAGGCUAUUAAAUUAUAUGGCCAUGCUAUCGAACUUGAUCCAGAAAAAGCGACAUAUUAUUUAAAUAGAGCAGCUGCUUAUUUGAUGUUAAAAAAACCAAAAGAAGCAUUAUGUGAUUGUAAAAAUGUAUUAGUGAAAGAUCCAACUUCACUAAAAGCUUUAUUAAGAUCAGCAAAAUGUAACUUACAAAUUGGCAAUUUAACCGAAGCAGAAAGAAUAUACAUAUACGUAAUGCAACUAGAUCCAACUAAUUCACAAGCUAAACAAGAAUAUAACCAAGUGCAUAAAAUACAAAAUUAUAUACAUCAAGCUGAAGUGUUUCUACAAAAUGAUCAGCAUGUUUUGGCACUGAAUUCCGUUGACAGAGCUAUAGGCUUGUUAGAUAUUGUUCCUACAAAAUGGAAGACUUUGAAAGGUGAAGCUUUGUUAGGACAAAAAGAAUAUGGCGAAGCUGGAAGAAUUGCAAAUGAAAUAUUAAGAUUUGAUCCACAUAAUCCUGACGCACAUGUAUUAAGAGCACAUAUAUUAUAUAUUGAAGGUGAUAACACAAAAGCAACCGCUCAUUGUCAAGAGGCUUUAAGAUGUGAUCCGGAUCAUAAAAAUGCACGCCUUUUACUAAAGAAAGCGCGUUCAAUUGAAAGUCAAAAAAAUGCUGGUAACGAAGCAUUUAAAGAGGGCGAUUAUGACACAGCAUAUAAAUUAUAUACUUUAGCAUUAGAAAUCGACCCAACAAAUAUUGGCACCAAUUCAAAAAUUUACUCCAAUCGAUCCAUGGCAUUGAAUAAACUAGGAAAAUUUGAAGAGGCAAUUAGCGAUAUGGAUAAAGCGUUAGAGAUGGACCCAACAUUUGUUAAAGUGUUGAGAAGACGAGCUGACACAUAUAGAAGGUUGGAAAAGUAUGAAGAAGCAGUCAGAGAUUUAAAAUCGGCAUUGGAGAUGGAUUCUAGUAAUCACGAUUUACGUAAAGAGUUACAUGAAGCAGAAAGAGAAUUGAAACAAUCACAACGUAAAGAUUAUUAUAAAAUAUUACUAGUGUCGAGGGACGCAACAGAAGGUGAAAUUAAAAAAGCAUAUAGAAAAUUAGCGUUACAACAUCAUCCUGAUAAAAAUGCCGGAGAUUCGGAUGCCGAGAAGAAAUUUAAAGAAAUAGGGGAAGCAUAUGCGAUAUUGGGCGAUCCAGUUAAAAAACAACGAUACGAUUCUGGUGUUGAUCUGGAUAGUAUUAAUGGAUCAGGAGGUAUGGAUUUUGAAGUAGAUCCUAAUUUGUUUUUCCAAAUGUUUGUCAACGGGGAAGGAUUUGGUGGAAAUCCUAGAAGUAGUGGAGGAGGAUAUGGUAAUCAUCAUUCAGGAUUCAGUAGUUCGGGUUAUGCCCCAGGAAAUCACAAAAUUUUCUUAGAAUUUAAUUUAACACAUUAUUAG